AAAAUUCUCUAUAAACUUUUUGACAGGGUUUCUCUUAGCCCUGAAAAUUGAGAGUACAGUAUAUAUCCUUUAAUGACUUGAAAGAACUUUACAUGACAAUCUAUUAAAAAUUUUCUGUAUGUAGAGAUAUUAAGAUGUUUUGUUUGCUCCCUUAAGGGUGUUGUAAGAGCUUUACCAGACAGCAGUGUUGUGAAGAACUGUGAAUACCAAAAUAUGUGUCAUCGAUUCAAGGCUUCAUUGGCCUUGCCAGAGGGAUACUUCAGUACAGAUGGAAACCUGUGCUACUGCGAAACCUGCCACAAAAUACGGGGUGAUGAACCGUACUAUACAAAAGGAAGUCCACCAAAGCACUAUGCACAGCCAUUUGGCUGGUGUCGUUUUGCCCUGGUUAGUGGGGUGGGAGAUAACAAUGAGUCGUGGCACAUGGCAUACCACGGCACCAGACCUGGCGCAGUGAGACGGAUGCUGGACAAGGGCGAGUUGCUCUUUAGCGGUGAACUUGGAGUAAGCUCAACCCUUGCCGGUCGUCGCAGCAAGGAUGAUGACAGUGAUGGCUCCCAGUUGUGUUUUUCUCCUACAAUAACAUAUGCUUCAACAGACCAGUUUGCUCCAUCAGUACUGUUUGUGGAUCCUUGCACAAGAAAAAGUGUACAAGUGCGGGUAGUGCUGCAGGUUGCUGUUAAACCAGGAUCUUAUAAAGUUGGAUCUCCUUCUGUCCCUUGGACACCUCAUCACCAUGACCCAAACACUCACUCCUCUCCUGACUCCCAUCUCCAACCAGAUAGUAUUGAGUGGGUCACCAAGGAGCGAGGUGCUACACAGCUUCUAGCAUUAUUAAUUAGAAUCGAAGAGAAAUAAAUAACCACAUAUACAGGACUCGUAAUUUAUCAGUUGCUUUCAUUGUUACAUUCUCUGUGAAAAUCUAAUAUGAAUUCUGCCUCCCUCCAAAUAUAUAAAUUUUUGUUUAUUGAUUUUUCAGAAGGAAUCCUAAAGGUGCAAGUUUCAUAUUGUAUAAUAAAUGCAUAAUGAGAAAAUUAUAAAAUUUUGUUGUGGAAAGAAAUAACCUUUCUGAGAAUGUAGUAAUCAAGUUGAAGCACUGAAGCACUAUAAGGUAAGAUAAUUAUUUUGAAAAAUUGUGCUCUACUGUGUCCAUUUAUAAUGUUGGAAAAUUUCAUUUCCCUAGCAUGUGUUUCAAGAAAUUUGAGAACCAGUGGAAGAAAAAGACUGCACAUGUUUGAUGUGUAAGCAUCUUGAAGUUGGCAAAUGUUUUCAGAUGUGAAUACAAAUCACUAUGCAGUUGACCCAAGAAAAGCAAAUUAAGCUUUCCGGUGAAUACUUUUUAAUAUAAUUUCAUAUUAGAAGUUCUAGCAAUAUUUAUUGUAAAUAUUAAUAAAAAAGGGAAAAAUGCCUAGGACUACAACCAGAAGAAUUUAUAUAAUGUACAGUAAUAAAAGCGUGAUUUGAUACAUGCAUCUGUCCUGUUGGUGUGAGAUUCUAGUACUGUUUAGGACAGCUGUAGGCAGGCAAGUGCGAAUCUAACACCAGCUCUUCUGUAUGCAGUAAUCUUUGAAACCAUCUUCUAUCAUUCUAUGUAAUGUUUAUUUAGUUCCCUUGGACUCAAAUAAUCUAGUCUUGACAAACUGUGUUUAUGUAUCCACUUCUGUUACUACAGAGAAGUUUUACAAAUUUUAAUUUUAAAAUCAUGCAGGUGAUGAAAGUUGUGCUGUAGGAGUUUAGCUUUGAAGAUUAAGUAAACCACGAAGCAUUUAGAUGAAUGCAUACGAUAGUGUAUAAGGAAAGUCAUAAUGCAAAACUCACUGUACUGAUUUCCGUUUUUUUGUGCAUGUGCCAUAGUAUGCAUGGGAAGAAGAGCUUUAAUAUUGUUUUUGAUAUUAAUAGCACUUUUUACAAAAACUAACAUAGGCCGGAAAAUGAGAUCGUUCAAUUUCAAGGCAUACCACAGAGUAUUGAUAUUCUCACUAUGGGCAUCAGUUCUUCAAACUACUACUCUUAAUUGUGAACCAGAUAAUUUUUUGUCAUCCCUGCAUGAUUUAUGGUAUGAUUUAUUAGUCUGUGAGGCUAAUGUAUGGGCAAGAUUAUCGAGAGAAUUUUAAUAAAUACAGUAAUCCUUGCUUCCUCUCCUCCAGUAGGUAAUAAGACAGAAAGAGAUCUCCCCUUUUUAAUAACCUUAAUUGUAGAUGUGGUGGUAUUACUCUUUUAUCUUAAUUCUUUUUGAAAGUACAGUAUAUUCAUGUGCAAACAGAGAUUUAGGAGACAUUCCAGGAAGGUAAGAUAAGAAGAUGCAAAGAUUUUUAAUGCUAGGAACUUGAGCCUCCAGCGAGCAUGUGUGAGUAUGUUAGAUCAG